AUGCAGUACAAAAAUAAUUUUCCACCAAUUGGGACAAGACAGUCUACUAGUGGUAAUAAGUACUGCCUUUCCUAUAUUCACAUUGGGCGAAACGAGUGGAUGAGUGAAAUCCACUAUAACAGAGUGUUGAACUCGUCGAAAAUUCCUCGCCAAUUUGCAAGUAAUAUUAUUCUUGCUAAUUUCAACGAUGAAUUGCUCAUGACUAGCACCGUUACAGGAUACACUACUGCACGACGCGGUAAAAAAAAGAAAUGCAAUAAACUGGAUGAAAAGAAAUUGGGGGCUUAUGAAGAUGCAUACAAGCAUUGGAUAAACAACGUGUAUAAAACCAAAUUUGCCGAUACUCCUGACAAAGAUAAUUCUAUGAGAGAAAUGUCGAAAUUUUAUUAUUAUGUGGGAAAAAAACUUGCUGAUUUAAAGAAAAUAUGUGAAGAUACCGAUGAAGAUCAAUCGAUUGAUGAAGGAAGCGAGGACGUUGUUGAUGAUUCACAGAUGAAUGAUGAAAAUGCGAGGCUAAAAAAUAGUGACAAGAAAAAGAAGUAUAAACAGAAAAACAAGAAACAGUAA